CAUCCGCGCCUUCCCUUCUCCUUGAAAACGGCUCUCUUCGCGGGAAAACCACGUUGAUUCUGCCGCAGGCCUGUUAUUUUCCACUUCGCGGGAGAAUAAAACAAUAAACUUCGGGAAAGCAAUGGGAUCAGCCGUCGACGGAUUAAUAUUCAUGAAGCCGGUGAUGUCAUGAGAAGGAGAGCUGUGGCCUCCUGAAAGCGCCAUUUCCUGGAGGGAGAAGCAAGAAGCCGAGUCCAAGACUCGCAGAAGGAAGUCGCGCCGGCCGAAGGAGGGAGCUCCGCGUCGGGGCCAAGCUCAACUCUGCGGGCUCGGCGGCCCGAUGAACUCUGUGCACUGCGGGAGGGAGGCCAGCAGGGGGGGACCUUCCCGACUUGGCGAUCACAAGCUCAGGGAAAGAGAGCAGAGCCGCCGGCCGAGCCAAGCGCUGGUGGGGUGCCUGGCGCUGCCAUCUCCAGCCGCUUCUUUUCCUAGCUUGCCGUGCGCGGUCGCGUGGGUGCCGAGCCCCUCUUCGCGCCCAGCUCGAGGGGGCGCGGACCGCCAGCUUUUCUUUCAAGGAAGGGGCGUCGUUGGUUUCCCUUUUUUCCCCCUCCCUUAUUGCUUUGCCGUCUGCCCGUUCUCCCUUUCUUCCUUUUCCUCCCCCUUGCUUUCCUCCCCGUCGUUAAAAUUUUGGGGACCGAGGCGAGACAACCGCUUUGGAGGUCGCUAGGAGGAUGGUGAUAAAGAUGAUGAAGGGGAAGAGAUGGAGAUGAAGCAGACUAUGCAGAUGUGGGGACUCCUGUUGCUGUUGCCGGCACUAUGGGCUCUGUUUUCGCGGGACUUCAGGGCUGUAACAGAAGCAAAAGGGGUUGAAAUGCCAAUCAAACUGACUGUGUCCCAGGGGCAGCCAGUGAAGCUGAACUGUAGCCUGGAGGGAAUGGAAGAACCGGAGAUGCUGUGGAUCAAGGAUGGAGCUGUGGUGCAGGGUAUAGACCAGGUGUACAUUCCAGUAAAUGAAGAACACUGGAUAGGCUUCCUCAGCUUGAAGUCUGUAGAUCGGACAGAUUCUGGAAAAUAUUGGUGCCAAGUGGAGACCAAUGGGAAGAAAGAGGAAUCACAGCAUGUAUGGCUUAUUGUGGAAGGUGUUCCUCAUUUCACUGUUGAGCCAAAAGACAAGUCAGUUAUCCCUGGUGCGCCUUUCCAGAUGGCUUGUGCUGCAGUAGGACCACCUGAGCCAGUGACAAUUGUCUGGUGGAUGGGUGAUUCCAGGCUUGGACAUCCAGACAUCUCUCCCUCCACUCUAAAUGUGUCAGGUAUUAAUCAAAGCACAGUUUUCUCCUGUGAAGCCCAUAACAUAAAGGGAUUAUCUUCAUCUCGGACGGCCAUUGUACGGAUUAAAGCGAUCCCUUUUCCACCUCUCAAUGUGACAGUCACUAAGAUCACCAGCAACAAUGCCAGUGUCAUUUGGCAACCAGGAUUCGAUGGCCUUUCCCCCCUACAUUCUUGUACAGUACAGCAGGUAGCUGAGCUGCAAGAAGAGGAUGAGGUGGUCACCGAAGUUUUCUCUGUCCCUCCCUUUACAAGGGCUUUACCAGGUUUAAAGCACGCCACCAAUUACAGUGUUCGAAUCCAGUGCUCUAAUGAGAUGGGCAGCUCUCCUUUUUCAGAUUGGGUCUAUUUUCAGACCUUGGGAUUAGCUCCAAAUUGUACUCCACAAAAUGUACACAUUAUCCAAAGAGACUCUUGUCUGAUUUUGGAAUGGGAAGCAGUAGCUCCAGAAAUGUUUGGGGAGAAUGCCUUAGAAUACAGGUUGGAAUGGAGCCAAGAUAACAUAACUCAGGGGGAAAUGAUUGUGAAGGAAGCAAGAGCUAACCUUUCUAUGUGGAAUCCCUUAAAAGACCUUAUGAUCAAGGUCUGUAUACUCAGUUCAGCUGGUUGUGGACCUUGGAGUGAGCCUUUAUUGCUUACAUCUCAAGAUUUAAUAGGGGGGCAAAGGCAGCCUCUUUAUGGAACAUCCUGGGUUCCUGUGGUUUUAGGAAUUCUGACUGCGCUGGUUACAGCAGUUGCCUUAGCCCUAAUCCUUCUACGGAAAAGAAGAAAAGAAACGCGAUUUGGUCAAGCCUUUGGCAGCAUGGUUGGAGGUGAUCCUGUAGUCCAUUUCAGAGCAGUGCGAUCAUUCAACCGAGAAGUCCCAGAACUUAUUGAAGUGACAUUGGACAGUAUAGGAAUCAGUGAUGAACUGAAGAUCAAACUGAAAGAUGUCCUAAUUCAGGAGCAACAGUUUACUCUGGGAAGAAUGCUAGGCAAGGGGGAAUUUGGCUCUGUCAGGGAGGGUCAGUUGAAAAUGCCUGAUGGCUCUCUCCAGAAAGUUGCAGUGAAAAUGCUAAAAGCUGACAUCUUCACUUCCAAUGACAUAGAGGAGUUCCUGAAAGAAGCUGCUUGCAUGAAGGAGUUCAACCAUCCACACAUUACUAAAUUAAUAGGGGUCAGUUUGCGUAAUCGGCCUAAAGGUCGCCUUCCAAUCCCAAUGGUUGUCCUGCCCUUCAUGAAGCAUGGAGACCUUCACUCUUUUCUACUGAUGUCUAGGAUUGGAGAAAACCCCUUUAGUUUGCCACUUCAGACCCUCUUAAAGUUUAUGAUUCACAUUGCUAGUGGCAUGGAAUACCUGAGCUCCAAAAACUUUAUCCAUAGGGAUUUGGCUGCUCGGAACUGCAUGCUGGAUGAAAACAUGAAUGUCUGUGUUGCUGAUUUUGGGCUUUCAAAGAAAAUCUAUAGUGGAGAUUAUUACCGUCAGGGCUCUGCCUCAAAGCUGCCAGUGAAGUGGCUUGCAUUGGAAAGCCUGGCGGACAAUCUCUAUACAACUCAUAGUGAUGUGUGGGCAUUUGGUGUGACUAUGUGGGAAAUUGUGACCCGAGGGCAAACUCCGUAUGCAGGCAUUGAAAAUGCAGAAAUUUACAACUACCUCAUCAGUGGGAACAGACUGAAGCAGCCGCCAGAGUGCCUUGAAGACAUCUACGAUCUCAUGGGCAGAUGCUGGCAUUCGGAACCCAGGCUACGUCCAAGCUUUGGAGCUCUGAAACUGCAGCUUGAAAUGAUUUUGGCAAGACUGUCGUUGCUUUCAAACAGUCAGGACCCUCUUUAUGUCAAUGUUGGGAGAUCCCAAGAAGCUUGCAGGAGCGAAGUCGCCAUGAAUUGUCCCUUUGGAACCUUGAAUGGGGAAACAGGAACAAUUGCGGCUGUGACUAGUAACUACCGUUAUAUCAUGAACCCGUUGUGCCUUGGAAAUGAUGCAGAAAGUGAAAGACAUCUGGAUUUAUCUGAUGGAGAAGCUCAGAGCCUCCUUUACGAUCUGGAGAUGGGAGCAAAACUAUGUUAACCCAAACAAAAAAAAUUAGACUUUACUUUUUCCUCCAAUAAGAUGUGUGUAUCUUAUUGUAUCAUCUUAUGGUGUCACCAAACAGAGACAGUUGGAAGCUGCUUUUAACCAACAGAAGUUGUAAUAAUUAACGUCAGCUGCAUCUGUGGCUUCUGACAGCUGUUUUGGAGCUAACAUCUCAAAUUGAUAGAAUCACCUCCUGGCCUUCCGAAGGAAACCCUGCAAUUGUCUGGGAAAUGCAGUGGGAGUGGCCUCUGGAUAGCCGGCUGAGUCACAGUAUUAUCCCUGAGAAUUGGGGUUAAGUACUCUGCAUAUUUUGGGGUGAAGGGUGUUUUUUUUUUCCCUUAACAGAUAUGGGAGAAGAGGCAUGUGCCACAUACUCCAAACAACGGAUACUAUCUUUCAGAGCAUGAGAAACAAAGAGCCUAAUUUAGCAGUAGCUACCUCAGUGGUGCUCGAACUGGGUUCUAUAUUGCUGCUUCUCUACAAUGAAGAAACACUGGGCUUUUUCUCAGAGUGGUGUUUAGUUGGCAGAGGAAAGCACUCCUGGCAAGAUAAGGAGAUUGAGCAAGGGUAUUCUGAUUUCCAUCUUUCCCCACAGGUUCUUAUUUGCCUACUUUUUUUUCUACUUUCUGAUUUGAAUCAUACAGAUUUUUCCCCGUUUAUAACAAAACUGACCAUGUACAGAGUGUUAGAAUUUAUGGGAAUAAUUCAAAACUAAUAAAAACACCUGCAUUGGAAUAAUUUUGCAUUAAGAUUACAAUCUUGGACCCAUUUACCUGACAGUAAUCUCACAAAUUCAGUGGGAUUUACUUAUGAACAGGCAUUAUAAACUGCAAAAUUCUAUUUCAGUGGGCACACUUUCUGGCAUAUAACUUCACUUCCAUUUCCUGUCUAGUUACUACAAUGAUGUGGCUGAAAUAUUAGCCUUGAUUUCCAUAUGUAUUUCUUGGGAAUUUGGAGGGAGCUAGACUUCCCCCAAAAUGAAAAACAAAGUGCUGAGGGGUUUCAUAUGGGUUAUAAGUAUAUAUAGCUUAUAAGUAUAAGCAAUAUCAUUUUAUUGCUACAAAAACACACACAAUGUCUAAAACAAUAGAAGGAGGCAAAUUCUUUAAAAACCUAUUAAUUUUAUGCAUCUAUCCUGCCAUCUUUUCUUUUCUUAAUAAAUAUUAGCGCAAUUAAAUAAAUGAUCGACUGACAUUAGUGGAAAACUUUCUCUUCCUAAUACAAAGAAAGAGUUGUUUUCAGUUUGAAAGCCUGAGAAUCACUGGCUUGUAAAAUUAAAGGUUUUCUUAAAUGCUUUUUCAGCGUUUCUGUAAAAAUUAAGUUCCACUGCAUUAUUUUGUGCCUUCAAGUCUUGACUUCUGAUACAGCUACCUAAUUCAGCAACAUUCCAGAAAAAAGUUUCCAUUUUUAAUCUGUGAUUUCUCAGUUCAACUUGAAUGAUUAAUCACAAUAGGAAAGUACCAUAUCGUGUGCUUUCAAAUGGGAUGGCAAUGAAUACAUUUGUUCUUCUAGCUAUUUCAAAUACAGUGUAAGCCUUGUGGCUUGGGUCCCUAAUGUGAUGUCCAAAAGCAGCAAUGUGCCUACCAGUACAUUUCUUAACAUCUGCUAAUAUACCUUACCUGAUUGUAUUUAUUUACAUUCUUUUAGUAAGCAACAAUGAUUGGGAAGCUAGCAUGUUUCAAACACAGCAUCAGGGUUAAAUUUCCAACAAUAUCACUGGACUCUCAUAGGCUCUGAUGGUAUUUUGGGAAAUUAAAAUGAUCAGUGGCUGCAAUUUGGGAUUUCAUUUUCCUUCUAGUAAAAGAAGUUUUGUGACUAAUCUCAUUUAUCUUGGCAGCCAUUUGGCGGGAAAGCCUAUAAUAUUCUUUUAAAAUGCUAAAUGUGCUCACUGAUUUAAAAAUGUAAAAAGGCUUAAAACUCUCUUCAUUAAUGGUGUUCACCAAAAAUGUUUCUUCUUCUCAGUUGUAGAAAAUUAGUAAUCUAAAAUUUCUGUAAUUCCAGCCAUCAAAGAAAUCCUCAGGAGGGACCUUGACAAAGUUCUUUGUACCUAUUAAUUUACCUUUUAAUUAUUUUUUUCAAUCUUUUUUCUCCACAAAAAUAGGAUGCUUAAACAUGAUAUGCCUCCAAGAAUUAAGAGGCAUAGUCAGGUGGCAAUACUUUACAAAGUAAAUAAUUUAUCUGUGCUAUUCCAUCUCUGCUAUUCCAUCUCUGCCUUUUUCUACCCCAGCUCUCCAGAUAAACGUUAAAUGUGAAUGUUAAAUUCCAUCACAAGACACUGAAGUGUGCUGAUAGAAGAAAUCGCAUUCUAUAAUAUCUGAAGAGUUGUGAGUUGGAGAAGGCUCCUCCGUUAUCACCUUUCCACAUAGCUAAGAAAUAGAAUCCACCGGAGUCUCUACAGAUAAGACAAUGGUUUGGUCUUACUGAUCUGUGGUGGGACAGAGGUUAGGAUACAGUAUUGCAGGAUAACUCUGCCUAUUUCCAGGAGUUCAAUCCUGACCGGCUCAAGGUUAACUCAGCCUUCCAUCCUUUCAAGGUCAGGAAAAUGAGGACCCAAUUGUGGAGGGCAAUAUGCUGAUAUUGUAAACCGCUCAAGAGAGUUGUAAAGCAGUGGACCCCAAACCUUUGGGCACCAAGGGAAGGUUCCGUGGAAAAAAAAUUUCUCACAGACUGGGGAGAGGGUACGUGGUUUCAUACGUUUCCUAUAUCCUGCACACGUGCAGAUGAACGUUUGUUCACUUGCAUAGCCAGUUCCUAUGGGGGCUGAGGACCCCUGCUGUAAAGCACUAUGCAGUGGUAUAUAAGUCUAAAUACUAUUUCUAUUAGUUAAUUAUGCUACAUUUGGAGGAUAGUAAAAAUGGUCCCACCAGACAAUUGGGAGAGAAACAAUUUAUUAAAAGGCAGAAACAGUAUUUGGCCUUUUUCUAUUUCUAUCUGUCCUAUGGAAACAUUUUCUUAAAUUCUAUCACCAGAUUCCUUAACAACCACUAUGAACUAUAUUAUAAUGUUUAUUUCCUUGUCUGCCUUGUUUGCAUAUUUUGUGGCUUUUUUUUACAUAAAAGCAGGGAAACACAAUCCAUCCUGGCCAGAAAGGGCAAUAACAAGGAUGAUUGUUGUCCAAAAGCCUUCCACAUCUGAACAAAAGUUGUGUGUAUGUGUUUGGGAGCACAGCAAAUUGCUCCUAUGCCUUAUUCAACCACAUUCAUUCACUAUAGGGACCUUUCUCCCCAAUCUAGUACACAAUGGAAUAGAAACUUCACAUCGUCACAAUGCAAUACCAAAAGCAAGUCAUUAAUGUGGUGCAUGGUAAAAGAGGGGGCAUGCUAAUGAUAUAUUAUGAACAAUAGUCCUGUCAGUGAUGUUAAGGAAUUCUAUAUUUCAUGUUCUGGCUUGAAGUGAAAGAGUUGGGAUCAAAUAAGCUAUGUAGCCCAGUUUCAAAUACCAUAUUUUCAUCUAAGUCUCAACAAUAAAUAAAUGUUCUGCAAUAGUUCAUGGGUACGUACUUGAUUGAAUUAAACCAAAUAUAAGCAUGCUCUCAUGGAUCCUGUUGGCUGUGAAGUGGACGUUGGCAAAGCACUUCCCUUCUAUUAAGCUUGUUUAAAAGAAACAUAGAAGACUACUGCACAGCCAUAUCCUGGCUUCCAUACUAUGUGAUGUAAGACAUUGUAGUGAGCAUCAAUAUGGCCCCAUUAUACUGUACCAACAUACUAAGAUCUGAAUGUUUUUCAUUGUGUAUUUUUCAAUAGCAGAAAACUAAAAAUCAUGCACAAUGAACAGGUUCUGAUUUUUUUUAAGGGAGGGGGUUAAAACUGUGUACAUAAAAAAAAAUAUGAUCGCAGAAUCCGGGGGAAAGAAUUGGGAUGAAAUUGGAGAAUGGUUAGACUGAUGAUAGAAUGGAGUAGAGAGAAAGAUGUCCAGAGAUUUUUUCCCCCUUUAACACUUAGUGCUUUGUUGUAGGUGUAGGAAUUCAGUCACAGUGAAUUCAAUUCGAUUUACUCCCAAAUAAAUGCCUGUGGGAUUACAGAUUGUUUCUGCAGCAGCCAUUUGGCAAGAACACUAAAUGUACAUAUAAAAUCUAAUUUUCUGAAGCAUGUAUCUAGUUUUUAUGAUUUUUUUAAAAAAAUAAAAUAUAUACUGUGUCGUA